AUGGAUUCCUCGGCGGCGCCUAGACGCCGCAGGCGUGUGGAUGAAGAUGAAAAGUUUGAUACUAUUAUGGCUAACCAUGAGGGCCGCAGUAACGAUCAUAGCAAAAGGCGAAGUAGGAGCCGUGGCAAGGGUAAAGAACUCGUGACGUACAGCAUCGAUACAACGGGGCCACCAUAUAACCGCCCAAGUGAUAUGUCGGCGCCGAGACAGCGAGAUCGAACGGCCGAGAAGGUGCUGCCAAGUCGUCCGAUUAACUUGGAUGAUGAUGAUGACGAUGACGAUUAUCAUCACGACUUAAAUAGUCCAAUUGGGUCUCCCGUAACUCCGGACUUCUUAGCAAAAAUGGAUAUUAAAGAGGAGUGA